AUGGCGAACAAAGCAGCCAAGACCCAAGCCGCGCGCAACACCGCAAGGCUGAACCAGACAUUACUGGUCACCCUCGUCGUCCACGCCCUCUCGCUCGCCCUACGCUUUCUCUUCCGCCGCCGUACCUUCACCACGCGUUCAUUGGUCGCCUACUUCCUUCUCUCAUUGCCCGCGCUGCUGAUCCAAUUCUGGUUCGAGCGCAUCGCGCGGCCCACCCAUGAUCGCCAGACGGGUGAGCUGAAGAAGCCGGGUGAGGACCUCGAGGCCAAGGGCUUGACCGAGUGGAUGUGGGACGUCCUGUACUGGACUUACAUCUGCGUUGUGCUCGUUGGUCUCUUUGGCGAUUGGGCCUGGUGGUUUUACACUGUCGUCCCGCUAUACUCCGUUUACCUUGCCUAUACGACGUUCAUGGGGGUCAAGCAGAGCUUCGGUGGUGGAUCCGGCGGCGCUGAUGCCGACGCGCAGGGUCAAGGGACGGGAAGCAAGAGGCAGCAGAAGCUGGAAAAGAGGGGCGGACAGCGUGUGCAAUACCGGUAA